AUGUUCAUCAUGGCUGUUUUAAUUAACACUGAAGAUACAGUAGAUAUUGAAAAGGAGGCUGACAGAACGAGUGCAAUUGCCAACAGUGUGAUAGAUGCUCUGCCCAACAUAUUAAAUGGUACUUUGAAAUUGUCCCAGUACCCUGAACUAUGCAACCUCACCCUCACAUCUCGCACAAUUUCUACCCCCAUCAAUAUUUACUCUGACAACCCAAGUUCGGCGUUACAUCAACAAGGCCUACAGGUUAGGCCACCUGAAAAGUCUUUACCAGCCAAACCGUUGAUUAAUAAAACCACCUGGUGGUGGUCUCUCUCUCUCUCUCUCUCUCUCUCUCUCUCUGUGUUACAGUUUAAAACACUUAAAGUCUUGUGCAGACCGCUAAUCGUCGUUCGAGGAAUUCCAGAUUUACUGCGUCUGCCAGAGCUUCAGAAAGCCCUGGGGUACGGCGAGCACGGCUCAACAACAAUGGCCAAAUCGCAAGAACAGACGAUCAGCGUCGUGGGUCUGCUUUUAGUUUUCCCACCAAGCAGAUUGACAGGGAAUAAUAAUAAUAAUAUUGCAAAUAUUUUCAUUUACAUCCAUAUCGGCUGA